UGCAGGGGUAAAAAAGGAGGGUGAGGGCUUAGCAGGCUGUGUUUUUAUGUAGCUGGUCUUGCAUUUGAUGUAGCCCCUGUUCCCAGCGCAUAGCUUUAGGACUUUUUUUUUAUGUUCUCAAGUAGGGAUUAAAUGAGUCCUAGCAAUAAAGCUAGAUGCCUUCAGCCCAGACUUCUCCCCGUAGGAGUCUAGCUCUACUUUUUUAAUCUGACAGUGUUUGACUUACUGGGGCUGUUAAUUUCACUUACCCAACUAUUACAUUGCUCUGGGGGAGAACCCAACAUCUUUUCUAAAUAUGGUCCUCCCAGUGAGCUAAUGUUACCGCUGCAGCACCAUGACAGAGGAGCACAAGAGCUUUCAAUUAUAAAGCUGCAAAACAGUAGCUGUUCUUCAGCCAAUGCUGCAAUAAAAGUACAGCUCUGGGUAAGUGGAAAAACUUGAGCUCUCUGCAGGCGUGUUGGAUGCAUUGACCAUGUGCAUUCUUAACCCAUCAGUCUGAAAUACCAUGAAAUGUACCUAAUUAACUUACACCAUGGUUGGGCAAGACCAGGAGUCUUUGGAGUCCCUACUCAGCCGAAGUAUAACAAUAAGGGACUUCAGUGCAAUGUUACAGUUCUUUAAUAGAAGUGCUGUUUGACCAUGCUGGUCAUUAAAUGCUUCUCAGAGCCAUGGAAAGUGUACUGGCUGCACUGGUGUCCCUGUGUUCAGCUGUGCUGUGUAGCCUCUUUUAUAGACAGAUGUGUAACAGCAACUGUUAGAUGUGGCAGAUCAGAACUAGUGUGUGCCAUAAAUUCUUAGAGACGUGUUGUAAAAGAUGGGGAAACAUAGGGGUGCUUAGGCAUGCAUCUACAUUAUCCGAUAUCAAACAUAAACCUCCAAGCUGGAGUGAUGCCAGAUAGAGAGGAGCUUUGAGGUGAUAAGAGUCUGGCUGUAUGACUAUGGCCCCUCACCAGCACUGGCAUCCAAGUGCUUUAAUGAAGAGCAACUGAAACAAAGAACAAAAUAAAAAAAUCCUGAUGGCAGUGCAUAAUUGCACAAUAAGCCUGUCUAUCAAACAGUUUCCAUGUAUGCUGUUUUUAUAUACUGUACUUUACAAGGCAGUUUAAUUGCUCCCUGUGCUGUGUCAUCUUUGGAAUGAGAGCUACUUCAGGAGAGUGGAAAACCAAAUACAAAGGACUACUGAUGUACUUUUUGCUUGAAUUUCUAAUAAGUGACCGUGACAGAGACCCUCAGUGUAACCUGCAUUGCUCCAGGUCCCAGUCCAAACCCCUCUGUGCCUCUGAUGGCAGAACAUAUGAGUCAAUGUGCGACUACCAAAGAGCCAAAUGCCGGGAGUCAGGUCUGAGCGUGACACAUCGUGGCCGGUGCAAAGAUGCUGGCCAAAGCAAGUGUCGGUUAGAGAGAGCUCAGGCACUGGAACAGGCAAAGAAGCCCCAGGAAGCAGUCUUCAUCCCAGAAUGCAAUGAGGAUGGAUCAUUCACACAGGUGCAGUGCCAUACCUACACUGGAUACUGCUGGUGUGUGACACCUGAUGGCAAGCCUAUUAGCGGCUCUUCUGUACAGAACAAAACUCCUGUAUGUUCAGGUUCUGUAACUGAUAAACCAUCAAGCCAGGGUAAUUCUGGGAGGAAAGUUUCUUUUCGAUUCUUUUUAACCCUCAAUUCAGAUGACGGUUCGAAGCCAACACCUACCAUGGAAACCCAGCCGAUUUUUGAUGGAGAAGAAAUCACAGCACCCACCCUUUGGAUUAAGCACUUGGUCAUCAAAGAUUCUAAAUUGAACAGCUCCAAUAUAAGGAAUUCAGAGAAAGUUCACUCCUGUGACCAGGAAAGGCAGAGCGCCCUGGAGGAGGCCAGGCAGAACCCCCGCGAGGGUAUCGUCAUCCCUGAGUGCGCACCUGGUGGGCUCUACAAACCAGUGCAGUGCCACCAAUCGACUGGGUACUGCUGGUGUGUCCUGGUGGACACGGGACGUCCCCUGCCUGGUACUUCCACUCGCUACGAGACCCCAGUGUGUGAAAGCGAUGCCAGAUCGAAGAGCACAGAGAUUGAUGAUCCAUUCAAGGACAGAGAACUUCCAGGCUGCCCAGAAGGGAAGAAAGUUGAAUUUAUUACCAGCUUACUUGAUGCUCUGACUACGGACAUGGUACAGGCUAUUAACUCGGCAGCACCUACUGGGGGUGGGAGGUUCUCCGAGCCAGACCCCAGCCACACGCUGGAGGAGCGAGUGGUACACUGGUACUUCAGUCAGCUGGACAACAACAGCAGCAGUGACAUCAACAAGCGGGAGCUGAAGCCUUUUAAGCGUUAUGUGAAGAAGAAAGCCAAGCCCAAGAAAUGUGCCCGACGUUUCACUGACUACUGUGACCUCAACAAGGACAAGUCAAUCUCACUUCAGGAACUGAAAGGGUGCUUAGGAGUCAGCAAGGAAGGAGGUAGCCUGAGCAGUUUCCCCAGUGGAAAAAGACAAGGCCUUAACCCUUUCAUAGGUCGCCUGGUGUAGCAGCAGAAGACAGGAAGGGAAGGCAGGAGCCGACCCAAAGGAAAGAAAGAUCCAUCAAUAGACGGACAGACACCUUGCUGCUUGCAAGCAAGCAUGCAGCAUCAGCAACAUCCAACGUAGCAGAAGUGGCACCCAGAACGUUUGCACUUUUUAAUAAUUGGUUUGGGUUUGUUUUUAGUUGCUUUUCAAUGCCAUUAUCUAAUAUUUUGGAGAGUGGAGGGAAGCAGAAUCGUGUGUUUUUAAAAUUGGAACAGCUACUGAUGCCGUAAAAUUGAGUUCACUGGGACUCAAAGAAAGAGAAUUUUAUAUACUGUAUAUAAAUAUAUAUGUAAAUUGUACAGUUGUCUUGUACAGGGGUUGGAGUCACUGUUCUGUUCCUUCCUUUGCUUUUGAAGGCUGUUAGGGUUAGAGGGAGACUUUGCAUAUAAUGGAUUACAGUACUGCAUUCAUUUCUUCCACCAGACCAUCAUUCAGUUGCAAACCUUAACACCCACAUGCAAAACGGAGCAAGUAUGUCAGCAUGGCAUGUGGUUGCAGAUGUGCAUGGAGUGCCCAGAUACUAAGUGCUUCCUGGGAGCAGCUGAACCCUUCUUUUCUUACUGUAAAGCAACUCAGAAGCAGUUGGGCUUUUGAGACAGCACAGAUUUCACCUAAGUAUUGGCGUGCUGCUUAACAUAGGGAUAAAAAGGGGUUAUAUUAAGGACAUACAAAAGUAGUUUCUGCACCUGUUGCAAGUUGGGCAAAAGUGAAUUGCUAGUGCAUUACUAUCCAGGCUCAGAAGACAUGCUUAGCAAGGAUGGACCAUGCCUUGGGGUUCUAACACUGUAGGAGGAAGUAGGAGCCAUAGGCCUAGUAGAGUCAGCAGAGUGAAGUCUUGCAUCUUCUCUGGCAAAGUAUUCAUCUAUAUCUUGUACAACAAUAAAAAUAUGAGAGGCCUGGUAAAAGCAGCAUUAGCUUGCCUGUUGCUUUGCUGACAGUGCAGAAAGACACAAUCAUGCUGCUGGUCUCCAAGAGUCUGGUUUACUUACGUUUCAAUACUACAGCUUGGGCUAUGCUCACUAGUGAAGACCUGUCUGCAAUGACUAUCCUUGUCUUUGGUGGUUAUGAAUCCCAAGCUCCUCUCCUGCAUAGUGGUGUGCCUGCCUAGCUUAGAAUGUCCACUUCACCCUGUGCACUGUUACCAGUGCCUCCCGAGUUAUCCCACUGCAGUGUCACAAAAACAGUGAAGACUUGGAUUGAGGAGCCUGGUGUUCUUGGAAGCCACAGGAUCUAUUUCAACUACCAGCAGUUUUUCCAGAGUAGUUUCUUACUUAAUCUCAGAUAAAAUUGUACAGUCAGCAGUGAGACAGGGACACCUGUAUUGGCAAUCCCAGGUUCGGACAGAGUGUGAUGGGCCACAGUGUUUUAUUUUGUGCAUUUCUAACCACUGACAGCACUUGCCUGUUCGUAAGAAAUGUUCUGAGCAGCCUCCCACUUCAGGCCUAGUGAUCCUUGUGCCUCUCAUCUCUCUAGUCAGAGAUGAUGACAUGCCAUGCUAAUAUGAGAUCAUACCAACAAUUUCUUGUAAUAGCAUUGCAUUACUGUAGAGAGACUGGGCUUGUUCCUUGAGGCAUUGUUGCUUUGGUAAAAGAUGUUGUACCACAGCAUCUUCACUCUGGCAUGAUAUCGUGAUGAUAGCGUGAGAUAAAUUUAUCACAGCGGGAGUGUCCUGAUGCAGUAAGUUAAUGCCUUGUUGACAAAACAGGAAGUUUAAAAAACAGAAAAACUAAACAAAAAAUCUUUCUGUAAAUAACUACUUAGUGAUAACUCUUCAUUUAGGAAGCAGAUUUGAGCUAAUUAAAGCAUUUGGCAUGGUUCAAAACACCUCUGGUAAUCUCUGAAGAAUAUACCACGAUAACAGACUAUAAAGAAGUUAUCUUCUUAGAAAGAGCAGAUCCUGCUGCUGGAUCUUCAUGGUUUCUCACAUACAAUGUAUGUGCUCUCUCGGCCUAUAAGAUCCCAUCUUCUUGAUUGCAUCUUCUCCUUUUAAAUGCCCAGGGCACAUCUUUUGUUUGUUGAAAUGAUUUGAUUUAGUGUAUAGUUAGAAAUACCAGUGUCACUCAUUAAUCCUAUUGUAGGAAUAAAGAAUGAAUCCAACUGUAAAACAAACAAUACAAAACCCUUUCCUUUUUUAAUAUGAUAGUUUGAAGAAUUAAAAGCUGUGGCUGCUGGGUUGGUGUUUGGCGGGUUUUUCUGUUUUGUUUGUUUUUUCUUUAUGUAUAGUUGCAUCCAUCAAAAGCAGCCAACUGGAUGCCUAUAGGAGUUCUGUCAGCCAGCCACUGGGGCAGGGCAGUGCUCCACAAGAGUGCCAAGGGACUGCAGAGCUGCUAAAAGUCACUGCAUCUUUUCUUCUGGAAAUGUCAGUAAACCAGCCAUCCGACAGCCAACUCUCCUGCCUGUCACGUAAAUCCUUCUGCACACCUCCUUUAUCUCACCCUUGUGUCCUUCCCUUCCAAAAGGCCUGUAUUCACAUGUAGUUUGCAAUUAAAAUUGUGUCAGUUCUUCAGGGAAGCCAAACAAGGCAUGGCUGUUGAUGCCAGCUUUGGUACUGCUGUGGAUUCAUGUUUCUAUGCUCAACUUUAUGGAUGGAUUGAGGUCCAAGCGUUAUAAUGCUUUCCCCUUCACCUUCACCAAACAAGUCAAAGGCUCUGUCUGUAUCCUGACUUGCUGGGUUUGCACGGGCCUCUGAGCAGCUUCUGAGCACUUGUACCUUGGCAUGCAAGACCCAACCACCAUGACUGUGUAAUGUCCAGACAGAGGUUAGGUUAUGUGUUCUGGGUUUGUUUUUUUGGACGAUCAUGCAGAUGGCACUGUUCCUGAUUCAGGCAGCCUACCCUGUGAGCUUUGCAAACAGUCUGUACUCAUCAGAAGAGACCAGUGCCUCCACUCCCCACUUCCUUUGUUACUUUUAUUGCCAGAUGUUUGGCUGCCAGGCUAAACCUGUCCUUAUCUAUCAGUGGUAAGCAUUCUUCUCUGCCUUGCAUCAGUAGCAUUCUGUUGAAGGUGAGGCAUGGGGAAUGUCAGCUUUGUGCCUGGAAGCAGACCUUGGGCAUAUCUCUCCUCAUCCUCGAAGUCCUCCUUGGCCUCUCCAGCUCUACUUUGAAUGACAGCUGAAAAACAGCUGGAACAGAGAAGAGAACCAGGGCUCCAGUGCAAGUCAUCUGUUCUUCCUGCCAGAAGCAAAAAUCUUUCCUUUUUUGCUGAUCCUUCAAGGACAUGGUGUGUUGGAGGGAACUGCAUUACGGUGGGAUUCAUCCAUGUGAAGGCACUGCUUUCCAUGGCCUGAAUUUAUAUUGGACUUACCCUGCCCCAGCACAUUUCUGCCUAUGGCAUUGUUUGUUAGACUGAAAGGCAUCUGUUUGAUUUUGGUUUUGUAAUAAAAUAGAUAACUUUU